AUGGAUGACUCGUUUACGAUGGAAGGCCCUUUAAGCAAAUGGACUAAUCUCGUCAAUGGUUGGCAAUACCGUUGGUUUGUGCUUGACAUAAGCCUAGGGGUUUUAUCUUAUUACACGUCUAAAGAGAAGAUGAUGCGGGGCGAUAGACGUGGAUGUGUAAAGUUAAAAAAUGCUCAAGUUGGGAUUGAUGAUGAAGAUGAUAGCACAUUCACCAUAACUGUUGAUCACAAAACAUUUCACUUCCAAGCUCGUAACUCAGAUGAACGUCAAAAGUGGCUAGACGCUUUACAGGAGGCUAGGGAUUUACAUACGCAGAAUUAUGCUCUUCUGAAUCAAACCAAUCGUUUACUGGAACAUCCUUGCAGCCUUUCUGAAUUCGACCGUCGUAUCGUAGAGGCAGAUGCUUUUUUACAAAUUCUCAUAGAUCAACAUGAGCAACUGGUCAGUCAUAUUCCAUCGUCCGAUGAAUGUCGGCCGGAGAUUAUGGGUGCUGUCACUUUUCGGAUGCAAAGGCUUAUCGAACUGGUGAAAAAGACAAUUGUAUGCCUCCAGUUUGCCAGAGGUUCAGUCAAUAGUUCAUAUCGUAUACCGAUUACUUUGAAUGACAACAUUGUUUCUGAUGCAGUUGACAUUCCGCAAACUUUACAAUUCGAUACGUCUAUAUCAAACAGUGCUUUCUCUACAUUGAAAGUGAAAGAUUAUGAUUUAAAAGUACAUGAGGUAAAUCAUACAUUUAUGAACCUUCAAAGUGGUGAAGGUGAUGGUGAAAAUCCAUUCACUUCUUGUCAAGAGUCCUUGUCUAAUGCUUCCCCUAUUAUAACACAGAAACCUUCCAGAAAACAUUCUACUCGUAAUUCUCGACGUUUGGAAAAAGGCAAAUUACACAAGCGGCCAUCUUCUACUACAGAAUCAUCCAUCGAAUCCCAUUCAAUACGUUCACAUCCUGACCAGCUAGCUACUAUUUCUUCAUCACUCCCUAAUGAUACUGUGAUUGUGAAAAGAUGCUUUGAUGCAUUAGAUUCACCCUCUUCUAAUUAUCCACCAUUGUCCAUCCCAAGAAUGCCAGUUAGGUCUUAUUCUUCUUCAGAUGAUGAUCAGGCUCAAUUGGAUCAAGAAGAAGAGGAUGAAGAAUUCUUUGAUACUCAAGAAGAUAUUUCUGUCAACUGCGCAAUUACAAAUUCUCCACAACCUGUCAAGGAUAAUACCAUUCUAAGCAUGCAUUCAAAUCCAACUGUGCCUAUAACGAAAUCUGGUCGUUAUCGUUCAAGUCAGUCAUCAUCAAAUAAUCAGACGAAUUCGUCUUUGGAUGAUACCUUCGACGAAUUGUAUGAUGAUGAAAAGGAAGAAGAGUUAGGUUCUGUGCAAUCUCACGGUUCUGUGAUAACACAUCUUCUUUCUCAGCUUCGGAUCGGAAUGGAUUUAACUAGAAUCACUUUGCCCACAUUCAUUCUCGAACGUCGUUCUACACUGGAAAUGUAUGCAGACUUUUUAGCACAUGCUGAUUUAUGGGCUGUUAUUCCUAAUGCAUCAACCCCUCGUGAUCGUAUGGUUGCUUGUCUUCGAUGGUAUUUGUCUGCAUUCCAUGCUGGCAGACGAUCGUCAGUUGCUAAGAAACCUUACAAUCCUACAUUAGGUGAAAUAUUUCGCUGUUAUUGGCCUUUAUCUACAGAGAGUGGAGAUGAUUCGAUAAAUGCAUCAGAAAAACCACAGGACAAAUUAUAUAAUUCUGGUCCUGUCCCUUGGGCGCCUCACAAUUCCGUAGUCUUCUUAGCAGAACAGGUCUCACACCAUCCUCCUAUAUCCGCCUUUUAUGCUGAACAUGUUAAUAAUCAAAUAGCUGUAGAUGGACACUUGUGGACUAAAUCAAAAUUUCUUGGUCUAAGUAUAGCUGUAGAAAUGGUUGGUUCAGCUGUCAUAUCAUUACUAAAUCAUGAUGAAGAAUAUGUGGUCACGUUUCCAUGUGGAUAUGGCAGAAACAUUCUAACUGUUCCAUGGAUUGAAUUGGGUGGGAAAACUAGCAUCACAUGCUUAAAAACUGGCUAUAUAGCUAAUAUCGAGUUUCGAACAAAACCUUUUUAUGGUGGUGAAUGGAAUGAUAAGAUGCUAGCGAAGUGGCCUCAUGGUAAAAAUGAGUUAUUCAUUGAUACCCGUAACCUACCAACUGUAAGAAAACAUGUCCUUCCACGAUCUCGCCAAGAAGAAAAUGAAUCAAGACGAUUGUGGGAGGAAGUGACAUAUAAUUUAAAAGUGGGUAAUAUCGAUGCAGCAUCAGAUGCUAAACAUCGUUUGGAACAGCGACAACGAGAUUUAGCUCGACAGAGAAGAGACUCAAAACAUACCUGGACACCAAAAUACUUUCGUGAAGAGGGAGAAAACUGGAUUUAUAGACAUCCUUUAAUUCAACGCCUACAUCAAUCACUCAAUCAAAAUAGUUCUCCCACUGAACCACAAGCCAUCUCCAAAAUCACGAAUUUAGCAUGUUCACCGGAUAUAGUUGUUAAUCCAGUUUCGUGCAACAACGCAAUAACCGAUACUCCUCAGAUAGUCCAUGAUACUACAACUAAUUCUUCAAUCCCUGUAAUUGAAUAUUUCCCCAGUCCAUAG